GAGUUUGGGCCUGAGGGUUCCCGCGACCGAGAAGAGGUCGGGGAGCAGGAUCCUGCACCCCAAGUCCCGCCCCCAACUUCCCGUGUGCGCCGCCGCGUUCAGGAAGUUCUCCCGCCAUGAAGCCGAGCCGCGGACCCCGCGGAGGCCUUCGCUGCGUGCCUAAGCCGAAGCUUUGACCCCGCGGGCUUUGGAGGGAGCGCCCCCCCUUUGGCUCGCCUGCGUCGUGCUAGAAUGAUCACCAAGACCCAUAAAGUUGACCUGGGUCUUGGGGUCCCAGAGAAAAAGAAAAAGAAGAAAAAGAAGAAGGUGGUCAAAGAGCCAGGCACUCACUACUCAGUUUUAAGCUGUGACGAUUAUUUUGUUGAUGCUUCUCCUAUUAGGGCUGCAUCCCCCUCUAAGAACGUGGGCCAGGCGCAAGCGCAUGAGGUGCCUCUAGUGAAGAAAAAAAAGAAAAAGAAGGGCCGCGGCACCCUUUUCGAGGAGCAGCUGGAUUCGGAGACGAGGCUGAGUGCCAGACGGACAGAGGCCUCACCCAGCCGCAAGAAGCAAGCCCUUGGCCGCUCGGAGUCCUUCAGCAAGGAGAAGAAAAAGAAGAGGAAGUCUUCAUCACUCAUCAUGUCCCAUGGCUCAGUGACAAAGACCUCCCAAGACACCAGAAACGGUGAGGAGGUGACCAGAGUUGGGAAGAAGCUCAGAAAACACAAGAAGGGAAAAAAGGCCGAGGACAUUGCAGCCUUCUCCAGCCAGGACCCGUGGCUCUACGAGGCUGGAGAUGCCCCAUCCGCGGGCUCCCUGGAGAAUGAGGUCGAGGAGCAGGCAGCCUCAGGGCAGAAACGGAAGCAGGGGAGCCCCAGAGAAAGCAGCGCAAAGCUGAAGAAGAAAAAGAAAAUCCAUCAGGAAGGAGAUGCCCUGCUAGGCCACUCCAGACUCCCCAGGGCCACAGAGAGCAGCCCUAGGAAAGGGAGGAAGAAGAAGCCGGUCACAGUUGAUGUCCAAGAAUACAUUCCAAUAGGAGAUGGCCCUACGUCCCCAGUGAAGAAGAAGGUGAAGUCCAAGAAGAAGGCAGAGCAGCCAGUUGUAGAGGAGCUGACUCUGAAAAGGAAGAAGAAGAAGAGGAAAGAGAGUGGGGUAACAGAAGUCCCCUGGAAGGAGGAACCCGACACAGACUUGGAGGUGGUGCUGGAAAAGAAGGGCAACAUGGACGAGGCGCACAUAGACCAGGUGAGGCGAAAGGCCUUACAGGAAGAGAUCGAUCGUGAGUCUGGCAAGACGGAAGCUUCUGAAGCCGGCGGGAACUGGAUGGGAACCCAGUUUGGCCAGUGGGAUACUGCUGGUUUUGAAAAUGAGGAGCAGAAACUGAAAUUUCUCAAACUUAUGGGUGGCUUUAAGAAUCUGUCCCCUUCCUUCAGUCGCCCGCCCAGCAUGAUUGGAAAGCCCAACAUGGCCAUGAGCAAGAAGGCCGCGGACACCCUGCAGCAGAACCUGCAGCAAGACUACGACAGGGCUAUGAGCUGGAAGUACAACCGGGGGGCUGGCCUCGGCUUCCCCACCACCCCAAGCAGAGUCUUCUACAUCGACAGGAACGCUUCCAAAUCUAUCAAGUUGGAAGAUUAAACUCUAGCAUCUUGGCUCCCCAAACAGCCCAAAUUGCUUUUCUUAUUUACUUUUGCAGAUGCAAGCCACCUGACAGUCCUCGAUGGGCUUGGACGGACAGGUGGGGACAGUUCAUGUGUUGGCAGCCAAGAGAAUGAGUGAGUGGCUGAAACCACCUAUCUGUCAAAGCUUCCAUCCUGUUGGGCAACACCUGUGUUAAUAAUAGUGGCUCAGUCAGGGUUCAAGCACAGGCUGGGCACGUGGCAUCCCUGCACCGAUGUAUUUAAUCAUGAUUGUGAAGUAGGUGCUAUCAUCCCUCCUACAGAUGUGAGGCAGCUGAGGUUCAGGGAUAAAGUAAUAAGGCCGCUGGGGGUCGCCAUGAACUUUUGUACCCCAAGCCCUUAGUCACACUUAGUGCUCUGAAUGUCCCAUCCAGGGACUUAGAGAUUGGAGGAAACAGAAGUUUUGUAACAUAUCUAAAUCUCACACAGGGAUGGAAUUCCUGAUGAACAAGAGCAAGCUCAUCUUCCUUCCCCCUACAGAGUAGCUACAAGCAAAGAGGUGUCUGAGGUGCCACCAAGCAGAUGUGGCUAUGCUACUGGGAGAUCACCUCUGUCCCAGCUGCUGUCUUUUCAUCUAAGUGCAGAGUCGGAUUUGACGUCCUUGUGCGCCCAUCCACUGGAUUUUGAACACGGCAUUUUAGAGAGCAUUAGUCAUGCCAAUCAACCAGUGGCACAUUUCCAGGGAUGUGUCUCAUGAUUUCUCUUGGUCGUAAAGAGAGAUCCUUGGUGACUGCUGUGGUGGAGACCCAGGCCUAAGAGCAUGACAUGGAAGUGUCGUCAUCAGCUGUGGCAUGGCUUCCAGCUUGGGUUCUAAAGAGCCCAGGUACCAGGACCUGGGAGACAGGUGGCUGCCUUCUUUCCACUCGGUAGCAUUCUGCAUCUGAAGAGUAAUGUUCCAGUGAAGCCAAAGCAAAUCUCAUACUUAACCUUUCUCCUUUGAUCUUUUCAACAAUCUAGUUGAGCUGUUUUCUUUAGGAAAAGGAAUUAAAUGGUGAUAUCUGCUUUUCCUAAGUC